CCCGCAUUGCGUACUCGCUCCACGGUUUUUCCUUCCAGCGGCCGGAUGGCCACCGUGGUGACAACCGGCGGUGCCCGGAGCACGCGGCGAACCCUGGUCUCGGCGGUCCGCCGACGACCUUUGUGGCGCGCGGUGGCCGGCGGCGGUUCCUCGGUGCCAACGGCGGAGGCACCACCCUUGGCGGGUCCGUUCGCACAAGUGUCCGUGGCGGUGGCGCGGCAAAAAGCGACGGCCGCGGCGGCGGCGGCCACCACCGGAGGCGCGGAUCCUUCCACGGCGGGGGGGCGGUGGCCACAGCUUCCGUCCUCCGGUUGGGGCACCCGGGCAAAGGCUUUCCUCGCGGCCGCGGUUCUCGUCGGCAACACCCUCUUGACCGGUUGCGAACCACGCCAACAGAGCUGCGAAAGGGAACCCGGCCCCUUAAGGGAUUCGGCCGGCGGAUGCUUUCCGUUCUAUUCGUGCCUGCUGGAACAGGCGAGGGUGGUGAGGUAUUCGGAGGAGCGGGACUCCGCAACCAUCACGUCGUCGUCCGGGCGCAACAAACCCACGGGGCUUGCCGGACUGGCCUGCGUCCAUUGCUGUGGUUGCCCCGGUGCCGGUGGCGGAACCCAGAACGAGGACGAGUCGUUCCCGGUCGGCGCGGCCAUCUUUCCACAGGACCGGCGGACCCUCGCCAGGGAGGUCACCACGGACUUUUACCACCACCUCCUGGGCUGCGAAAAAUGCCCACCCGAAACCAAAGACGAUCUCCGCCGAACCUUUGCGGAGCAGCAGCUCUUGCAAUCCCAGCGGAGUUUGCCGCAUAUCGAAAAGAGCAACGAAUCUACUGCGGGGACGACAAGAACAACGAAAACAAAUCCGUUUGGGGAACCAAUCAGCAAGCAAGAACGUCUGUUUUUCAAGGAUGUUUGGUACAGUAUGGGCCACAAAGACAUGAAGCAAUAAUGCCGCCGAUUGACGGAGUAUCCAUUGAUGAUUUCUUUCCAUUUUUUUAAAAAAAGAAAUCGGGAUCCAGCAUUCAUUCGUAACUUGAAAGAUACGAGAACGAAAGAAAUCGAUUCCAUUGGAUAUCUUAGGACACCCGGUACAACAAAAGCGCAAUCAUACC